UAUACGGAGUAGUAAAAGUGACUCCCAAACAGGACCUAAUCCGUCCGCCUUCAUAUGAUCGUCUACUCACCGUCACUCCCCUCUUUCGGCUCCCACUUUCUCAGCGACCACCGCGUUGGUCCUCCUUCUCCCCGCAACAACAGACCGGUCUGAUGACGGGGUUUUGUAAUCGCUAAGAAUGCAAGCAGUAGUAUCCCAUCUUUGUCGUCGAAGGGUCUCUGGGGCAAUUCGUCGAACACUUGGCGUCUCUUGGCCUGCAGACCAAAUUCACUCAGGUUUCUCCACCUUCUGUACUCUGGCGCCCGAUAAUUCGUCCGAGGGGGAGCGAGAACAAGAACAAGAACGCAUGAGUUUGUGUAGGAGGAUUGAGGGGCUCCCAAAAGGAGAGGCCGUUGGAACUGCGUUUCAGAGCUGGAUGGGCGACGGCUUUCCCAUUCACCGAGGCGAUAUCUUCCACACUAUUAACCGUUUAAGGAAGCUCCAGUUCAACAAACGUGCACUCCAGGUGAUGGAAUGGGUGAUCAGGGAGAGGCCCUACAGGCCAAAGGAACUAGAUUACUCAUAUCUGUUAGAAUUCACAACUAAGCUUCAUGGGGUAUCACAAGGGGAGAAACUUUUUUCUCGUGUUCCCACUGAAUUCCAAAAUGAGUUGCUCUACAACAAUCUUGUUAUUGCGUGUUUGGAUAAAGGCAUGAUAAGGCUUUCACUUGCAUACAUGAAGAAAAUGAGGGAGCUGGGUUAUCCAAUCUCACAUUUGAUUUUCAACCGCCUCAUUAUCCUCCAUUCUUCGCCAAGCCGUAGGAAAUCCAUUUCAGGAAUCUGUAGACAAAUGAGGGCCGAUAAGGUGAAUCCACAUGUUUCCACUUACAACAUUCUGAUGAAAAUUGAAGCUAAUGACCACAAUAUCGAAGGUUUGGUAAGGGUAUUUGGUGAAAUGAAACAAGUAGAAGUUGAGCCGAAUGAGAUAUCUUUCUGCAUACUAGCGACUGCACAUGCUGUGGCGAGACUGUACUCUGUUUGCGAAGUCUAUGUUGAAGCUGUGGAGAAAUCAGCAACGGGAAACAACUGGUCAACGUUUGAUGUACUUCUUAUAUUGUAUGGGUAUUUGGGGAAGGAGAAAGAGCUAGAGCGAACUUGGUGUACUCUACAAGAACUUCCCAAUGUCAAGUCCAAGAGUUUCAUCGUGGCUAUUGAAGCAUUUGGGAGGAUUGGCGGGCUAAGUCGGGCUGAACAGAUUUUGGCGGAAAUGAAGUCCAAGAAAGGGUUAAAAUCAACAGAGCAAUUCAAUUCUAUGAUAUCUGUUUAUUGCAAACUCGGUUUUAUUACUAAAGCGACUAAGCUGUACAAGGAAAUGGACCAAAAUGGAUGCAAACCGAACGCCAUAACGUAUCGACACCUUGCCCUAGGGUGCUUGAAAGCGGGAUUAAUGAAGGAAGCACUUAGAACACUAGAGUUGGGAAACGGUUUAUCAACAAGUGCCAGGAUCAGGAGAUCAACCCCAUGGCUGGAGACUACUCUUUCAAUGGUUGAGAUUUUUGCUGAGAAGGGUGACUUAGAGAAUGCUGAGAAGCUCUUUGAAGAAUUGAAAAGGGCAAAUUAUUCUAGGUACACUUUCGUGUACAAUAUAUUGUUUAAGGCUUAUGUCAAGGCCAAGAUUUAUGAUCCAAAUCUUUUAAAAAGGAUGAUUCUGGGAGGCUCAAGGCCGGAUUCUGAGACCUAUGGCCUCUUGAAACUUAUUGAGCAGUUUCAAACCUAAUUAUGAGUAAUACGAUUGGGUAAGUAGAAUUGUUUGUAGUUCAAUUUGUUGCAAAUGAGACACAGGCAAAAUUUGGUGUAUUUAUGUUGUGAGCCAGAGGAAACAAACGUGGGGUAGAUGGAGGAAAUUGGUGACGAUCGUUUCAGUGAGGGAGGAGGAUAGGAAAACUGCUUCAGAUAUAUAUCUUCUCCUGCUAAGUUGCUGGCUGGAACAUGUCCACAAUGGAUAUCAAAUUUCAACUCUUUCUUCUGCUCAUUGGAGUUUUCUGAAGCCAUCCCUUUUUGCAUCUCUCUCGGGACUCGAACACAUUUCAAACACAUGUACAGUGCAGCGUACACCAUUUCAUUUGUUUGUUAGCAAUACAUACUUUUCCUGGCAACAGUGUACAACAGAUCGAAGUGUAUUUUACGCAUUCAAUUAGGUUUUACUUUCUGCCAUUGUUUUCACGGUUUCAGAAGGAAUUUUAGGUACUUCACUCAGAUUGUUGGUGUGCA